AUGUCAUACUCAAUAUUAGCAUAUGAUGAUGAUGAUAGUUCACCUACAUGUACUGCACAUUACAUUAAAAACAUAAAAGACAAGCACACUUUAGUUAAUACUAUCUUUAACCUAGCAAACACAAAAAUCAAGGAUGAAAUUGUAAAUUUUGAAAUUCAAUUUUUGGCUUGUUCUUCUGAAUUAACUAACUGUGAAAGAAAAAUAAUUAUGAAAAAACACAGACAAAACUAUAUAAAUGACUUCAUUGAACCAGCUCUAAAGAAACAAAAGCUAGAAACAAAGCAGAUGAAAUACAAAACAAUGGCGAAGGAGAAAAGACAAAGACUGCUUACUAAAAAGAAGAGUUAUAAACAAACAAUGAGUACAGAACAAAAGCAAAAAGCACAGGAGAAUAAAAGAUUAAUGUAUGAAACAAUCGAUCAACCAAAGAGAAAGGAACUGCUGGCUAAAAAUAUGAAUUAUAAAGAAACAAUGAGUAAAGAACAAAAGCAAAAAGUAUUGGAGAAUAAAAGAGUAAAGUAUGAAACAAUGGAUCAAUCAAAGAAAAAGGAAUUGCUUGCUAAAAAUAUGAAUUAUAAAGAAACAAUGGGAGAAGAACAAAAACAGAAACUAUUAGAGAAGAAGAGAGCCAAAUAUCAAACAAUGGAUAUAUCAAACAAAAAGGAGUUCAUUGCUAUCAACUCAAGCAAAAUCAUGUCAAAUCGAAUGUCGUUGGAUUCAAAACAAAAAAAUAAUUUGCUGAAUAGAGAGAAAGAAAAACGGAUGGAAAAGAAACCUCUAACUCAUGAUAUUGACACAUACAUUGAAAAAUUUAAACAACAAAUUAAAGCUGGCCCAUUUUACAUAUGCUGUGUCUGUAACCGAAAAUUAUAUAAAAAGUUAGUAGUAAUCCUACAGAAAAAUAAAUAUUCUCGCCAGGAUUGUUUUAUGUGUCAAUGUUGUUCUGAUAGCAAAGAGUACAUCUGCAAAACUUGCCAUGCUAAAUUACUUAAAGGUCAACAGCCUUGUCAAGCUGUGAUAAACAAUUUAUUUGUUGAUGAAACCCCUACUGAACUUGCUGCAUUAGAAAAACUUGAACAAAUUCUUAUUGCACAAAGAAUAGUCUUUGAAAAAAUUGUAGUAAUGCCAAAAGGACAACAAAGAAAAAUUAAAGGUGCAAUAUGUAAUGUACCAGUUGAAUGUAGUCAAACGUGCAAUGUUCUUGCCAGACCACCUGACAGAUCUGGGAUAAUGUUACUUAAAAUAAAAAGGAAACUUCAAUUUAGAGGUCGUGUUUACUUCCAAGCAGUUCGCCCUCAGUUUGUAAUUAGUACAUUAAACUGGCUUAUAGCAAACAACCCUUUAUAUAGAAACAUUGAAAUUCAAUGUGACAAUAUUAGCUCAGACUUAACUAAUUUGAACUGCCCUGAUACUGAUCAAGAAAAUAUAGAUGAGCCAUUGCAAUUGCAAAGUAAUGUAAAUAGAGAACUGUGUAAUGAAGAUGUCGAAGAACAAGAUGAUCCAUUAAAUGAACACCGUUCAGCAGCAAGCGAAACCUGUCUUCAGUCCAUCUUGCCAAAUUAUCCUGUUAACCUGGACAAUACAAAUUGUAAUUCAACAGGUAGAGAAGUUUUCAACAUUGCACCAGGUGAAGGUAAACAUCCAGUAUCAUUGAUGACUGAUAAGCUUUGUGAGGAACUCUCAUUUCCAGUACUCUUUCCAAAGGGACGAUUUGGUUAUACCUGUGAACGAGACAUAAAAUUAUCUCCAAUAAAAUAUUUUAAUGCUCGCAUCUUGCAUUAUAGUGGAAAAUUUGCAACCAAUCCAGAGUAUAUAUUCUUUGCACAAUUCAUUAUGGAACAGAAAAGGAUUUCUGAUAGUAUUAAUAUAGCUCUUAAAAAAGUACAUGGCCAGUCAGUCACAGCAUCGCAGGUAAAGUCAAACAGUCAAGCUUUUCAAAAUCUUCUUUCGCAAGAUCAAGCAUAUUUGUUUUUAUGA